AUGCAGGUCCAGCAGAAGAUCCACGCCACCCGCGCCACCGUCGGCCGCAAGGCCGUGGUGGUGCGCGCCCACGCUGAGGGCCCCGCCGCGUCCUUCGGCAAGGUCGCCGCCGCCACCCUGCUGGCGGGCGCGGCCUCCCUGUCGGCUGUGGACGCCGCCCGCGCGGACAUCGCCGGCCUCACCCCGUGCAGCGAGUCGGCCGCCUACGCCAAGCGCCUCAAGAACGAGGUCAAGGGCCUGACCAAGCGCCUCAAGAACUACGAGGCCGACAGCGCCCCCGCCCUGGCGAUCAAGGCCACCAUCGAGCGCACCGAGAAGCGCUUCGCCAACUACGCCAAGUCCGGCCUGCUGUGCGGCAACGACGGCCUGCCCCACCUCAUCAGCGACCCCGGGCUGGCGCUGCGCUUCGGCCACGCCGGGGAGGUCUUCAUCCCCACCAUCGGCUUCCUGUACGUCGCCGGCUGGAUCGGCUACGUGGGCCGCCAGUACCUGAUCGCCUCCAAGGCCGAGUCCAAGCCCACCGAGAAGGAGAUCAUCAUCGACGUGCCCGCGGCCCUCAAGCUCUCGGUCGAGGGCUUUGGCUGGCCCCUGGCGGUGGUGAACGAGCUCAAGGCCGGCACCCUCACGGAGACCGCCGACAACAUCACCGUCAGCCCCCGGUGA